AUGGAUAGCUGGGGUGAUUUCUUAGCAACUCCUCCGAACAUGACUACACCAAGACAGGAAAUGAAUUAUCUAAGUGACUUACCACCACUUCUUCAGCCCCCUCCUUUUGAAAUACCAACAACUUAUUUCCAAUCUUCAUCAUUUCCAGAGAAUGACUUCCAGGUUCAGAUAACUCCAUUUUACAAGGAAAAUCCUGUCAUUCAGCCAACAACAGUUGAGAUAGAAAACAGAUGUUUAUCGUUUAGUAAUCUUGACCCUUAUACGAACGAAAAAGAACUUAGGGAUUAUCUAGGAGAUAAGGAUGAUAUUCGUUCUGUUGAUCUUACGAACAUUGAAUCUAGAAUUGCGCUUGUCGAUUUUUACAAUCUUAAAAAAGCAAAUUCAAUUAAGAUUCUCUUCAACAAGCAGAUAUACAAAGACAGAAUUCUGGAUGUAACAUACGCACCAUUAAAGAAGAUUUUAGAUCCGAAAAAUCCACCGAACAAUGGGACAAUAGUCGUGUUUCACAUUCCAGAACAGGUUACAGAACAAAUGAUUUUCUCCAUAUUUUCCAAAUACGGUGAGAUCAGGCAGAUUCGUGGAACUCCGUCCAAAGGUUUCCAGAAAUUCAUUGAAUUUUGGGAUGUUAGGGCUGCACAAGAUGCACUCGUUCAGAUGACUGGAAAGUUUUUGAUGGGUUCCAGAAUUACAAUCGAAUUUUCUUUACCAGGAGGAUUCAGAAAGCAUUCUGUGAUGGAAAAUAACACAUACUCCAUGAAGAAAGCAUCCAAAAACUACUAA